AUGAAAAUCACACAGCUUAUCUACACUUUAUAUUGUUUACUCGUGACUUCACUUGCACAAUCAGUGACAUUCAAUACUGACCAGCAAGAGGCUUUAUUAACAAGAGUGGCUUCUGAUAUCCGCUCUUACCCUAGUGAAUAUGCAGACUGGUUCAAGACACAGCUGGAUAUUGCCCUCCCACUUGAUUUACUUUCACUUAGAAGGCUUUCCACAUAUACCGAUGACUCCUACACCACAAUUGUCGAGAAUUCAGAGUUGAUGUCAGAUGUGGAAAAUGUUGUGACCCGAUUGCCAUGGUAUAAUUCGAGAAUUGCUGACAGCGAAGUGCCUAGUGUGACCACGGACGAUUCGAACGAAAGUGGGAGCGCAAAUGAAAGUGACUCUAACAAAAGCAGCAAUUUGGGAGUCAAACUUGGAGGAGGGAUUUUAGUCGGUCUAGUUGGGGGAUUACUAUUGGCACUCUGA